AUGGCUCCCAACAACAGGAAGCGCAAGUCCGACGGCGCGUCGCUAGCUGACGAGGCCAGCUCCCCCAAGAGACAGGUUGCUGCUCCGGCUCCGUCCACCGGAGAGAAGAGGAAGAGGGGCCGUCCUCGCAAGUAUCCCGAGGGUACGAUUCCUAAGCCUACUUCAGGCAGAGGACGCGGUCGUCCGCGCAAGGACCCCAACGCAGGUCCGUAUCCUCCCCGUUCAUCGUCCUACCCGUCCGGCCGCAGUCGCACUUGGACGCGAACGCGUUCCUAUGCAUCGUGUCACGCGCAUUCUAAUCGGAGAACAGAAACCCCCUCCAAGCCCAAAACUCCCCAAGAGGGCAAACGACCCGUGGGCCGACCGAGAAAGUCUCUCCCUAACACUCCUCUGAACGGCACCGACAGCCCCUCACAACGGAAAUCUGCAUCGGCCGAUGCCAAAGUGGCCGAGGAUGACACCGAUGGCUCUGGUCGUUCGUAUUGGUUGAUGAAGGCUGAGCCGGAAUCGCGCAUGGAACGAGGUGUCGACGUCAAGUUCUCCAUCGACGACUUGCGUGAACGCAAGAAGCCAGAGCCGUGGGAUGGUGUACGAAACCCCGCUGCACGAAACCACAUGCGGCAAAUGAAGAAGGGCGAUCUCGCCUUCUUCUACCACUCUAACUGCCGAGUCCCCGGAAUCGCCGGUAUCAUGGAGAUUGUGCAAGAGCACUCACCAGAUGAAUCGGCCCUCGACCCCGCUCACCCCUACUACGACGAGAAGUCGACGCGAGAAGACCCCAAGUGGGACGUGGUCCACGUCGAGUUCCGACGUAAGUUCCAGAACUAUGUGCCGUUGGACGAGCUGAAGAGCAAUGCCAAGUCGGGUGGAAAACUGGAGAGCUUCCAGGUGCUGAAGCAGCCUCGACUAAGCGUUUCUCGCGUGAGUAAGAAAGAAUGGGACUUUGUGCUGGAUCUGGCCAAGGAGGAUCCCGAAUCCGAGCAAUCGGCGGAGUCCUCCGAGGAUGCCAGUGCAGAGGAUGAGGAAUCAAGCGAGUAG